GUUGAACUGUGUGAGGUGGCAACAUUGGCCUUUUUUCUUAUUCGGGUUCAUGUCAUAUUGUCUGUCAAAUCAAAAUGUCAAAUCAAAUGUCUAGUCUUCCUCAACUUGUCCAGCCCACGUGUUAUCAAUCUUUUUCUUAACGUGUAUUACUACUCUAUAAGUCAAUGUCUGAAGUUGAUAUGGAUGGUGAGCAAGGCAAUGAAAAACGAGUUCUAGCAAGAUUUAAAUCUGAAACUGGAGAUGUUGUUGGAAAUCUAUUAGACUUACCCUUAUAUGUAAAUGUAGAACAUUUAACUUUGAUAUGCAACAGUCUCUUACAACAGGAAGAGAAUACAGUUUAUGCAUUUUAUGUGGAUGACAAGGAGAUAACAAAGUCCUUAGACAAUGUUUUGGAUUUGAAAAGUUUGAACACAGAAAAUGUGGUGGACAUUGUUUAUCAGCAACAAGCAGUCUUCAAGGUUCGAGCUGUCACAAGAUGUACUAGCUCCCUGCCUGGCCAUGCAGAAGCUGUAAUUUCAGUGAAGUUCAGCCCUGAUGGGAGACAUCUGGCGUCUGGUUCGGGUGAUACAACAGUCAGGUUCUGGGAUGUUAUGACACAAACUCCUCACCACACUUGUCAAGGUCACAGAAACUGGGUCUUGUGUAUCGCAUGGUCACCCGACUCUAGUCGCCUGGUGUCGGCUUGCAAGAAUGGAAUGAUCCUAUGUUGGGACGCAGACUCUGGUAAACAGCUUGGCUCUCCGAUGACAGGGCACAAACAGUGGGUCACCGACCUCGUGUGGCAGCCAUACCAGGAUGACCCGGCAUGUCGCUUGUUCGCCAGCAGCUCCAAGGACGGAGACGUGAGAGUGUGGGAUUCAGUGUUGUGUAGGUGUCUGAGAGUGCUGACCUCACACACUCGCAGUGUGACGGCUCUACGCUGGGGCGGCACUGGCCUCAUCUACUCUGCCUCACAGGACAGGACAAUCAAAGUGUGGAGGGCCAGUGACGGAGUGAUGUGUCGGUCAUUGGAAGGUCACGCGCACUGGGUCAACACUCUAGCCUUGUCUACAGACUACGUACUCAGGACACAAGCUAUCGUGAAUCCUUCUGACAAUGUCAGCACUUCUGACAAAGCAGCUAUCCAGGCACUUGCUGUCAAGAAGUACAAAGACAUAGUCAAAGACUCAGGAGAGUACUUGGUGUCAGGCUCAGAUGACUUCACAUUGUAUCUAUGGACUCCUGAGAAGGACAAGAAGCCAAUAGCCAGAAUGACAGGUCAUCAGCAACUGAUCAAUUGUGUGGCAUUUUCACCAGACAGUAGAGUAAUCGCCUCUGCUUCCUUUGAUAAGUCAAUCCGUCUAUGGGAUGGACGCACAGGAAGAUUCCUAUCUGUGCUCAGAGGCCAUGUGCAGGCAGUUUACAUGGUGGCUUGGUCUGCAGACUCACGACUCCUGGUUAGCGGCAGUGCGGACUCUACGCUCAAAGUGUGGAAUAUGAAGACGCGAAAGUUAGAUCAGGACUUGCCUGGACAUGCAGAUGAAGUGUUUGCUGUAGACUGGGCUCCGGACGGGCUUAGGGUGGCUUCUGGCGGAAAGGACAAAGUCCUAAGAUUAUGGCAACACUGACACCAAGAAAACUCCAAUAAAAAUAAAUGUAAAUUUUAUAUUGA